ACCGGAACCCUUCUCUUCAUUUUCCACCACACGUGGUCACCUCGUCAAUACAUAGAGGUACGUUGACACUAACAACAGGUUAGUUUGAUGAUUAUUGAUAAGGGAAAAGAGCAUGGAAGAAUACCAAACAAUAAGAUGUUCUUUUGAAAACUACUGCAAAAAAUGCUCCUGGAUAUAUAUCAACCAACCCAGAAUUUCCAAGAUCACUCGCAUAACAGAGCAUUGCUUAACUACUCAGGGUGUUUUAUCUAAAGAGGUGCAAGUAUUCUAUAACGACAAUCGGUCUACGAAUCGCUACUACGGAGAACGGUGUUGCUAUGGCGAGAGAACCGUAUUCUUUAUCGCUGAAAAUUUGACAGAGGGAACGAUAUCAACCAAGACGGUAUCUCAAUAUCCCUUGACAACGGAUGGGAGCAGUACUACACUUCAUCUACCAGUGUCAUCUGAAUCACAUGACAAUGUCCCGGAUAUAGUCACUAGAACAACAAACAAUGGACAAAGCACAAUAUGGCUUCCAGUUAUGAUUGGAUCUGUCGGCUUACUGUUGAUUUUGCUGGCAUUCUACAUUCUAUGCAGGAUGCGUGGUCGAAGGAAACCAAAGAAAAACGCAAGUGAGAAGAAGACAUACAGUGGCGACCUCGUUGUCCCUCAGGAAAGCUCAACAGAAUAUUCCACCAUAGAAGAAACAGAAGAACUUAAGAAAGCCUUGAUUCAUGUGCAAACCAUUAAAAACCAGGACAAUUAUUUCGUGCUGGAACAGAUUAGUCAUAAUGAAACAAAUAUUGAACGGAACACAACACAGAUUAACGUGUAUAAUUCCCACGAAUACAUUUAUAAUGUUUUAUUUGAGAAACCAAAGCCAACAGGAAGUGACGUGGAUUUGUAUAAUCAUCUGGAAGAAUCCGACUAUGUUUACAAUCAUAUAAACGACACAGAGCGAGGAGAUAGACAAAUAGAAAAUGCUGAGUAUUCGUGUACACUGCAGACACUGAAGAAAACCCUCUUCUGAAUUAUUGUAAAUAACUGCAUGGAAAUGGUGGUAAUCUAUACUACAUGAUUGUAGCAGUAUUGUUGGAAGGAAGUUCAUUUUAUUCCGUCGUUGGGUAAAAUGCUAUCUGAAUUGUUUCAUAACAAUUGAGGCCGUUCUUUGCAUACUGAUUUUGACUAUGGAUUACUCCGUUUACCCGAUCAAGAUAUAGGGCUCACGGCGAUAUGGCCAGUCGGCAGGGAAUGCUUACUCUUCCUAGGCACCUGAUUUCAGCUUUGGUAUAUCCAGGGGUCCGUGUUUGCCCAAAUCUUAAUUUUGUAUUCCUUACGAGAUUGAUCACUUGUUCGUUAUCUUCACCUUUAUAGGAGUUGUGAGAUUGAUCACUGUUCGUUAUCUUCACCUCUAUAGGAGUUGUGAGAUUGAUCACUGUUCGUUAUUUUCACCUUUAUAGGAGUUGUGAGAUUGAUCACUGUUUGUUAUCUUCACCUGUAUAGGAGUUGUGAGAUUGAUCACUGUUUGUUAUCUUCACCUUUAUAGGAGUUAUGAGAUGGAUCUCCUUCGUUAUCUUCACCUUUUCCGUAAGGGUUAACUAUAAAGAAUGAAUAAAUUUGAAUCUGCUUUCCAUCAUACACUUAGUUUAUAAGUUUAUAAUGUAUUUAAAACAAGAAUUGUGAAGUAGUUAAUUCUACAUUUUCAGUAAUACCUAGAGAGUAAAUGUAUUUGAUGUUUUUGGAAUUUCAAUUUUUGAAAACACCUACUGUACAAAACGAUCCGUGGAAACAGCAUGCCGUAAUAAUUAUGAUCCUACAUUUCUUAGUCCAUGAAGACAAAACAAGAAAUCAGCAGAUUUAAUUCUAUGAAUAACAUACUUGGAUAAUGUAUUUUGAAUUGCUAUUGUGGAUCAGAAUGAACAAUAAAAUGACCAAUACUAAA